AUGCUGCAGCUCAUGCCGGGCCCCAGCAGGGAUGGUAUCGCCAACUUGAGCUCACUGCAGAGCUCAGACAUUUGGGGAACCUCAAGGAAAGACCAGUGUGAGACCCGGACUCUGCUGCUGCGUCCUGCAGGCCCCCCAGGCUGCUACAGCUAUACCAGUCCAGACUGGAGCAGCAACCACGAGGUGUCAGUGGUGGAGACCGACUACGAGGCCUAUGCCCUGCUCUACACCGAGAGCUUCCAAGGACCGGGCCAGGAUUUUUGCAUGGCCAAGCUCUACAGCCACACCCAGGCCCCCAAAGCUGAGAUCAAGGAGAAAUUCGCCACCUUCACCAAGGCCCAGGGCUUCACAGAGGAUGGCAUUGUCUUCCUGCCACAGACUGACAAGUGCAUGGAGGAGCACACGUAG